AUGGAUGGCAUAAUUGAACAGAAUAGUGUGCUGGUACACAGCAAAAUCAGCGAUGCUGGCACAAGGAAUGGCUUAAUUAACACCAGAAAUUUCAUGGCUGAGAGCAGAGAUGGCCUGGUGUCUGUUUACCCAGCACCCCAGUACCAGAGCUGCCGAGUGGUGGGCAGUGCAGCAUCGGCCACCUUGGACAGCAGCAGGAACGAGACAGUCCAGCAACUGCUAGACCCCAACACCCUUCAGCAGUCAGUGGAAUCCCACUACCGUCCCAACAUCAUACUCUACUCGGAAGGCAUGCUGCACUCCUUGGGGGAUGGCGUGGCUGCUGACUGCUGCGAAACCACCUUCAUCGAGGACCGGUCACCCACCAAAGAGAGCCUGGAGUACCCCGAUGGGAAGUUCAUUGACCUCUCAGCUGAAGACAUCAAAAUCCACACCCUCUCCUAUGAUGUGGAAGAGGAAGAGGAAUUCCAGGAGCUGGAGAGCAACUACUCGAGUGAUACAGAGAGCGAGGACAACUUCCUCAUGAUGCCCCCACGGGACCACCUGGGCCUCAGUGUCUUCUCCAUGCUCUGCUGCUUCUGGCCUUUGGGCAUCAUUGCCUUCUACCUGUCCCAUGAGACGAACAAAGCUGUGGCCAAGGGAGACUUCCACCAGGCCAGCACCAGCUCUCGGCGGGCCCUGUUCUUGGCUGUGCUCUCCAUCACAAUCGGAACUGGCAUUUAUGUGGGCGUGGCCGUGGCCCUUAUUGCCUACCUCUCCAAAAUCAACCACCUAUGA